GUGUCUCUUCUGCUCUUCUGUCUGUGAAAGUGGCGGGAAAGUUAAUGUCAUGUUAUGACAAUGUUAAAUCUUAUUGGCUUUUACAAUAUUUGUUAGAAUUCACAUUUCUGGUCGUUAAUCCUAUUUUUAUAUGAAUGCCAUUUCAAAUGAAGCUGAAACUCAGUAAAGUGAAACACACCAAAACCAAAGAUGACGAAGAGGAAACCAGCUCAGAAAGUGACUCAGAAAGUGAAGCUGCUAGGAGUUUUCCUAAUCGUUCAGUUAAAUUAAAGCACAGUAAAGUGAAGCACACCAAAAUGAAAGAUGGAGUUCAAGAUGGAAAUGGCUCAGAAAGUGACUCAGAAAGUGAAAUUACCAGAAGUCUCAAGAAUCAUUCAGUCCUGUGCGACAGGGGGAACAUAUCCGGACAGAGAAUUUUUGGGUUCAAGACGCCGAAAAAGAAAGAUGCAAUGGCGCAGAAAGCAGCGCAGUCUGUCGGCACGCCCAGUCCCAAGACGCCAAAGCACCAACUUUCGGGCACCGCCAGGAACAUUUCCCUCACCCCCAAGACCCCGAAAGGCCUGCCUAAAUCCAAGACGGGAACGCCGAAGUCGGCUUGUGGCACUCCGAAGUCAACCCACAGCACACCCAGGUCCAAGCUUGGGACGCCUCGCACCCCGCACACACCCCAUGGAUCACUUAUAGAGGUGGCACGUGUAAAUAACACGCCCUACUCUCUACGGACUAAAGUAAAAAAGUUUAUAUCUCACAUGGCGGAGAAAGAGUUGCUUGAAGAUAGCGAUAUAUCACCGGACGAGAGCAGCUAUGAUAUCUCGUCGGAGGAAGGUUCCACUGAAAGCAGCAGCGACAGUGAAGUUGAAGAGUCUCCUAAGGGCACGCCAGAUCUCAAGACCUCUUGCACACCCAGGCAGAGUGCAAGGAAGAGGAAAGAUUUGAAUUUUAUUCCCGUAACGGAUGACUACUUCCAAACAAUGAAUGCAAAAUCAGUUACGUCGAACCAUACGUUACGUCGCCUGAAGAACCCACGUCUGGCCCAGGACCAAGUGCGAGAGUUACUGGGACAGGUUGCGGACCUUCACAAAGAGAAUCUGCAGGCCCUGAGUUUGGAGCAUUGUGCCAACUUUUCAAAGUGGAUGAUCUGCUUGAGGGAAGGUUUCAGUGUAAUGCUGUACGGCAUUGGCUCUAAAAGGAACCUGCUGAUGAGGUUUCAAGAAUUAUACCUCAGCCACGAGACAGUUUUGAUCGUCAAUGGAUUUUUUCCUAGUCUUACUAUUAAAGAGAUAUUGGACUCCGUUGUGAAAAGUGUUCUUGGUUUGGAUUGGUCAGGAAGCACCGCAGACUGCCUCAGUCUCAUUGAGAGGGAGUUCCAGUCGGACGAGAACCUCUCGCUGUACCUGAUCGUCCACAACAUCGAUGGCCCGACGCUGAGGACCCACAAGGUACAAGACGUCUUGGCCAGGCUGGCAGCCGUGAGGAACAUCUACCUGCUGGCUUCUGUGGAUCAUAUCAAUGCUCCUCUGAUUUGGGACCAAAGAAAGCUGAGCAUUUUUAACUUCCGCUGGUGGGAUGCAACAACGUUGUUACCAUACAUGGCUGAGACAUCGUUCGAGACUUCACUGCUGGGCCAACAAACCGGGUCUCUGGCCCUGUCUUCCUUGAGGAAUGUUUUCCGUUCUCUCACGAACAACUCCAGAGAGAUUUUCCUCCUGAUUGUAAGACAUCAGCUCACUAACAAGUCUAAUGCCAGCUACACAGGUAUCGCAUUCCGUGACCUGUACCGUUCCUGCCGCGAAAAUCUCCUAGUCAGCUCUGACCUUGCGCUACGUGCACAGUUGUCUGAAUUUUUGGACCACCAUCUCGUGAAGUCACGGCGUAGUAUUGAUGGAACUGAAAUGCUCACGAUCCCCAUUGAAAACACCAUACUGCAACAGUUCAUCGAUCAGCAAGCUGAAGAGCCAUAGUGAAUUGGUCAUGUUUGUUGGGGGAAAGUGAGUCAGUUACAAACAUUAUUUUUACUGAAUAUUUUGGUACUCAAUAUGUAUUUCACUAUUUUUUUCCUCAAUAAAUUGUUUUAAUUGUAUUAUUAA